AGGUAGGGCCUACAUUAUACACUUGCAUGCAUCCAGGAUCUCGACGCAAAGUAAACUAGAUCUAGAGCUCAGCAAUGGCCAGAAUUAACGCUAGUAAUCGGGCCACAGGCCUUCUGUUUUUUGCUGGAAACAGCCAUCCAGAAUUGGCAAAUUCCGUUGCAAGGCGCCUGGGAGUAGAAUUGGGUCAGGUGGAUGUUUACACACAAGAUAACAAAGAAACAAAAGUACAAAUUCAAGAAUCAGUAAGAGGCAAAGACAUUUUCAUACUGCAGACUGGAGCAAAAGAUGUGAAUAAUGCGAUCAUGGAGCUACUGAUCAUAGCGUAUGCUUGUAAGACAUCAUGUGCACGGUCCAUCGUAGCUGUUAUCCCAUACCUUCCGUACAGUAAGCAGAGUCAGAUGAGGAAAAGAGGUUCCAUUGUUGCCAAGCUGCUUGCCACUAUGCUCUGCAAAUCUGGUGUGACACAUGUAAUCACGAUGGACCUACAUCAUAAAGAGAUCCAAGGCUUCUUUGACGUUCCUGUAGACAACCUCAGAGCUUCCCCAUUCUUGGUCCAAUACAUUCAAGAACAUAUUCCUGAUUGGAGAAAUGCUGUGAUAGUUGCUCGCAAUCCUGCUUCAGCAAACAGGGCUACAUCCUAUGCUGAGAGGCUACGUCUAGGAUUAGCUGUGAUCCAUGGAGAGCAGAAAGAAUCUGAAUCUGACAGGAUUGAUGGCCGCCAUUCUCCGCCCCCUGUGGCAUCAGGGAGUAGCAGUCAGGCUCUAGGAAUGCCUGGGCUUCCUUUGUUCACACCCAAAGAGAAACCACCCAUCAAUGUUGUAGGAGACGUAGGAGGAAGGAUUGCCAUUAUUGUUGAUGACAUGAUCGAUGAGGCAGAAUCCUUUGUAGCAGCAGCUGAACUAGUCAAGGAGAGAGGAGCCUAUAAGAUUUACAUCAUCGCUACACAUGGUCUCUUGUCUUCUGAAUCACCCAAGAUUAUUGAGGAUUCCUGCAUUGAUGAGGUGAUUGUAACAAACACGGUGUCACAUGACCUCCAGCGUCUGCAGUGCAGCAAGCUGCGGACCGUCGACAUCAGCCUCCUCCUCUCAGAAUCCAUCAGGAGAAUACAUUACGGAGAGUCCAUGUCGUAUCUCUUCAGGAACAUCCCACUUGAAGACUGAGGUUGGAUGUUAUUGGGCAUUUAUUAACGAGUACUGUACAGAGAUAUCAAUCUCCAUUCUAAUUUACGUGUAUUUCAAUGACAAAUUUCAAAACUGUCAAACGGGCGGGACUUUUGUUAAACUCUUUUGUGAAUUGUUAAAUCUUUACUUGUUGUGGAGUGAAAACCAGACUGCCACAUUGUUUGGUGUAUAUGAUUCAUGUACACUGUACAUGUGUGUGGCAAAAGUUGACAGCAGCAAUCCACUCUCUGUUGCAUGGGUCAACCAAAGCAUGUCAAGCUUGAAAGCUGAUGUUAUGGCCUGAAAAUUUUGCAACACACCAGAAUAUCCAUAUAAAUUCUAAUUCAGUUAUUUGGAGACGUUAACAUUUCACGGUUUUGACCCACUCACUUAAUUUGCCAAAAUGCCAUGGUUUUACAGUAUUAUGAAAUAGCUAGUGUCGCCAUGAGUUUUCUGUGCAUAUUAUGUGAGUUAGGGUUUCAGUUAAUGCACGAGCAGAUAGGAGGGAUCACCAUAGCUUUGUAGCAAUAAUUAAUUCAUCAAUGUAUUUAUUUCUCAUCCACUUUUACUCAAUAUCGAAUAUCAUUUCUCAUUCUAAACUCUACGAGGCUUUGUAUGGUUACCAAGUGGACUAUGCCUCAGUCAUCACUUACCAAAUUUAUUGCAUAAAAACCUGGAUUGUUUUUCAAUAUUACUUCUUUUCUUGAUGCGCUAUCAUCUUUAUGAAGGUAGUAUAGACGAUCACAUCAAACUAUGGAUUGUUUUUCCUUUUUGCUGUUGAAAUUCCACCUGUAUGGCAACACUAGUUAAUAAAAGAUACACAUAUUCCUUUCUCCUGUCUAUUUCUCUGUUCACAAUUAUCAGCCUUGAUGGUACAUUUUGUUUAUGUUUUCCUAUAUUUCUUCUUUUUACUUUAUCAAAAAGUAUGUGUGCUUGGAUGUAUAUACUAUUAUAAGUCUCGUGUUGGUUGUCAUUCUAAUGAAAAUAAGAUUUUCUUCUCCUUCAUCAAGUGCUGUACACAGUACAUGAAGAUCACAAGACGCAGAAUGAUGGUAGAAAGUGAUCAUCUACUACAUAUCAAUACCUGAACCAAUUUGUGAAAGUAAAUUGCCAAGAGGCUUGUAGUUGGAGAAUGAAAUAAUAUCCUGAUAAGCACAACCUUGUUUAGGUAUACAGCGGUAAAUCACGGCAGGAUUUGUGUUUUUUAAUUACUUGAAGUUUAACACGCUUCUCAUUUGUGUAUCAUAUACACAGAGUUAUUUAUGCAUACUGGUACAACCUUUGCUGCAUGCACGUGCCAUUGACUUACCCUUUCAAAAAAACAGCAUUAUCUCUAAAUAUUAGGUAGUGGUUUAACGUGGCAUGUCUGAACAGCCUUUAGUCGUACAGAUUGAAUAAUUGCAACCUUAAAGUAUUAAACAAUCGGAACUUCAUUUGGGCUUGAGGCUGAACACAGAAGACAACGAUUCAAAAUUGUUCAGUAUGGCUGGACGUGGUACAUGUACUGUAUAUGACAAUUAUUUCAUACUUGUAUGAUAUCAACAUUUCAUGUUGGUUCUUUUGCUUUUUCGUUGUUACAUUUUUUCCGCAAUAAUAAAGGGGGUGGUGGGUGGACAAGAAUUACAUUUUUUUUUUCUUCAUAAAAGGCUGAUUGGAAUUAGGGUUUAGCCAAGGUAGAAUGCACCGGUUGCAUUUAAAUUCAUUGCUUCUAGACUCGAUGCUUUCAU